CGGGAAAUGCUCAGAAAACACAGAGAGGAAGCAAAUUUGGGAAGUGUUUUUGUUGCCAUUCCGCAGCAGGAGGGCAUCUGGGCAGGAAAAAUCGAUAAAACUAUUUGUAAAUACAGUGCGACGACAGCGACCACGGUGGUACGUGUGUGAUUUGUGCUUCUGUGCCGUUCCUUCCAAAAUCAAAACAUAUUCAAGGUGUAGUGCAAUACGAAGAACAAAAUUUGGUUGUGUGCUUCUCCCUCUGUGGCUCGUACCGAGGAAUGUGAUUGUUGCUGCUGCUGGUUGUGCUGGGAAAGCUAUAAAAUUUAUAAUCCAUCGGCGAUAGUGAGCGUCAGUAACCGAUGAACCGGUGGUGAUGUGCCAAUCCGUUCGUGUGUGUGAUAAAAUGUGGCCCUGGUCUCUGGGGUACCACCCACAAAUUCGACCAAUUUAGUGAAAUCGUGAAAUUGCGCCCUGCUGUGGCAAGGCGAAAAGCAAACAAUAGUGACCAGCAAUAGCAGUGCAGUGCGCCGUAAGUCACGCACAAACCCACCGACGAGUGUGUGUGUGCGUGUGUGCAAUGUGCAGUGGUGUGCGGUGAUCCAAUUCGUACGCGGGUGCAUUUGUGCGUUGGGCUCUUGGCUCAAGUGCUACCUUCCGGUCGGUGCAUUACUACCCCAGCCAGCCCGAACAGGCCAUCAACUCGCUCCCAACCGACGGUACGACGGACGGGAAAGCGCAGCGUUAAAAACAACGUCACCCCUGCAUCGUAUGAUAACGCCGUCACUCGCCGCGACAGUCGCUUUACAGUUUUGUGCUAACGUGUACAAAAGGGGCAAACGCAUCGAAUUUGCACACCGUUUUGGGUGCCUCGACCGAGGCUUUCACCGACUAGCCCGGGCGCGGGGACGAGACGAAACGGGCACCGAUUCGAGAUGAGCUGAUAGUGGCCGGGGUUGGUCCGCGUGUUUGUUUAUGAUAAUAGAGUUUUUGUUUUAUGUGUUAUCAUACUGCAACAUAUCAUCGAAAAAAAAACGACAAGAAGAAACAUUUCACUCCGUGUUCUCAUACCGGAAAGGCAAGGAAACAAUCAUCGCAUCACACGACUUAACAUUCGGACGCUAGGCGACGGUCAUGGCCACCAUCACCAUGGCAGCGUCACCGACCUCGAACAGUAGCGCGUCGACCACGUCCGUGUCGCUGCUGCAGCGCCAGUCGAGCAAAAAUGCCGACACCGUGUCGGUGUGUUCAACCACCAGUGCCUUCUCGACGUGCCCCGACCGGCACGGGUUCUACGGUGGCAACCAGUUUUCGGAAAAGCCGAAGAAAGAAACGCUUACGCGGGAGCAGAUCAUCGCACGCGAAAAGAAAUGGAUCCACAUGACGGCGCACUGGGCAGAAUAUAUGAACACGAACUACAAAAAGGUCCGUGAGCGCUGCCGAAAAGGCAUCCCGGACGCGCUGCGACAGAAGGCAUGGUUUCUGCUGACCGGUGCAAACCAUCUGAUGGGCAAGUUUCCCGACUGGUACCAGCACCUGCUCGACCAACCCGGCAAUCCGCAGAUCAUCGACGAAAUACGCAAGGAUCAGCAUCGCCAGUUCCCGCACCACGAGAUGUUCAUCGAUGACGACAAGCCGGGCCAGAAGGAGCUGUUCAACGUGCUGAAAGCGUACUCGGUGUACAAUCCGACCGUGGGCUACUGUCAGGCACAGGCCCCAAUCGCCGCCUUCCUGCUGAUGCAGCUGCCCUCCGAGCAGGCGUUCUGGUGCUUCGUCGCUAUUUGUGACAAAUACCUCGAAAACUACUUCACACCCGGGCUCGAGAUGUUGCAGCGCGACGCGGGCAUGCUGAACCGGCUGCUGAAGAAAACGUCCCCGGCCGCUUACCGCCACCUGCAGAAGCACAACGUCGAUCCGCUGCUGUACAUGACCGACUGGUUUCUGUGUGCGAUGACGCGCACGCUGCCCUGGGACACGCUGCUGCGCGUGUGGGACUGCUUCCUUUGCGAAGGGGUGCGAAUCUUUUUCAAGGUAGCGCUCGUCAUUAUCGGGGCCACGCUUGGGCCGCAGAAGGUGCGGUCCCAGUGCAACGGGCUGUGCGAAACGCUGGCGGUGCUGCGCUCACCGCCGAAGAAGUUUCUCGAGGAGGAUUUCAUCAUGCACCACAUCUUCCGGCUGAACAUCACGAUCGACGACUUCCACCGGGAGCACAAGAAGCAGGAGAUGCUGCACCGGAAGGCAAAGCUGGAACAGCAGAAGGCAGCACAGCAGCAGAACGGUGGUGGUGGUGGUGGAUCUUCCAACGGGGCUGGCAGGAGCUCGUAGCUUUCGGCAACCCGUGGCCAAUAAGACCGCAUGGAGAAGGGACGGCAGCUAGUCUAACAUGGAGAAACUGCUCCGAACGGUGGCAGAAGCAGUGUAUCAUCAUACCGGCCCCCCAAAGGGACAGAGUGUGCUGCAACCCUUGGGGGGCAAUAAUGUUUGCAAUUACGGGCGCUAUUCGUCUCAUUCGUUUCUUCCACAUUUAGCGUGAAAUAAGCGCAAACCGAUUCGGAAACUAUUCAGAUGUGUUUGCUAUGUUUAAAAUAACCGUUUAUACAAGUAAGUAUCUAGUGAAGUAAGAUUUGCGAUCAACAUGGCACCAAAAUUUAACAUCGCCACGGCGAAAUAUGUUUAGGAACAAAAAGAAAAAAACAAACAAUUCGAUCGAUAACCGAAAUGGCACGGAUUCGAAGCCGUGCGCCCAAAGUUUGAAGCUGAUUUCACUCGAAAGACGCGAAUGAAGCAAACAUUGUGAAACAAAAACCCCAAGCGCAACGCACGCGGACGUUGCAAUGCAGAUUUAUAGUACAAUUUUAUAUCUAUUUAAAAAAGAAAGGAACGUAAAACACUCGUAUUCUAAAGCACCUAAACACACACACAAACAGUCCAGCUAUAAAGGCGUGAGGCGUUAAUUAUUAGCACGAAGGUACGAAACGACCGUCGAACGUUUGAGAGGGAAACAGUUCCAAAAGCAGAACGGCAAUCGAGACACACACACACACACACCGGAUAGCUUGGUGUGUGUGUUGUGUGUCCUUUCUUCAUUCCAUCUUAAGCAUCGUAACGAACCGUUUUCUAUCGCAAGUUUUGCACAGAUGUUUAACAUUACUACGUUUGAAUGCAAUAAGAUCAGUUAACCGGAUAGGAGGUGUAUAAAGUUUAUGCGCGGAUCAUUUGUAGCGUAUCAUCUACACACCCGGUUUGUUGUAGCAAAUGAAUAGUUUAACAAAAGAGAAUCAAUAGGUACAACACAACCUCUCCUCCCUCCCCCGCAGCAGCAGAAUUUGCAAAAACAAAAAAAAACAGUGUUGAAUGUAUUCGUUUCUAUAUUGCGCGUAUAUCAACGUAUAUUUAACAUUUAUCAUCGUUUAGCAAAUCGCACAAAGUUAGAGUUAUUAAUCAAGCGUACCGUUCACCACACCGCAACUGUAAAGCCACUCUACUACUACUACCACUACUACUACUUCUUGAUAGCUCUCGAAUGAAGAAGAAGGCGUAGAACUUUAGUCAGGUUAGUGAACAAUUACCUACCAAGAUUAUGCUGUGCGCGAUGCCGGAAGGGUGCGAAUCGAAGCCAACAAUUUCAACAACACGACGGUGCCUUUCUUUCCCUUCGAUAAGAGAAUUAGCGCAUCCCUCCCCAGCACGCACAGCACAGAUAGCACAUUGCGUGCAUUAGCGAAACGCCGGAAAACCGCCAGUUCGAUGGAGAGAUUGUUACAGAAAAUUAAUUUCCCUUUCAUUUGAUCUACACUUCUCGCUGUGCUAAGCGUUGUUGCUUGAUACACAGGAAAAAGGAAAAAAAAAAAAACACACACGCACCGAUUCGAAUUAAGAAUUCGCAAUAACCGGUGGAGUAGCAAGAUUCAUCCCUUUUUUAUCACUUAUUUAAAUGCACUGUUGAGUGUGUAUAGAGUGCAUCUUGUGCAAUUCGUUCAUCGUCCUCUUUGUCGUCGAGCAAAUGUUGUAAACGUUCGUAAUGGCGUAUUAUAUUAUUGUUUAAAUUAAGAAGCAUUAGUGUAAAUUUCAUCACCUGCAAUUGACCAUAGACCCCCUCCUUGUUCUCCUCGUUUAUUUAUUACUCUCGAACAAUCACAGGCGCUAAGGAAGAAAGAGAGAGAUGGUGGCAGCUGAUGGUUAAAGCGUAUGUCUGUAUCUUCCUGUUCAAACGAGAUAAUAAACUCAACAUUGGAAAGUGCA